AUUUCUGGGUAUAAAACAUUCGUGUGUCACACUAUAGGCUUUAGAACUCAAUACCAACAAAGGGCGUCUUCUUCAGCAUCAACAUCUUCUUCUCCGGCUAAGGUUUCUUCUCCGGUGAAGGCUUCUUCUCUCUCUUUGCAUUCUACAGGGUUUUUUGAAAGCUUAGAAAAAUAUAGAAAUGGAUUUCUAUGAAUCCACAUACUGUUGGCAAAAAAAGCUUUGCUCUAGUCCGCAAUGAUUUGGCAAAAGAUAGGGAAACAUCCGAUCCUCUAUCACUUAAGGAAAUCUUUGUGGCUACAAGAAAAAGAAAACUUGGUCGAUCAUACAAGGAUACAGAAGAAGAUACAAGUAGAAAAAUUGCUGAGAUGGAAAAUAUUGAAAUGCAACAAAAUGAAGAUGGUAAUGAGUCAAUUAAUGCAUUUGCUUCCGUCAUGGGGCGUGAACAUUCAGGACGUUUAAGAUUGUAUGGACGAGGGGUUACUAAAACUACUUUAAAAGGGAAAGUUGUACAUUUCAAACACUCUUCAAAUGCAACAAAUGAUCUCGUGCAAAAGAUGGAAGAGUGGAUGAUGAGAUUAAUGGAGGAAAAACUGGAGGAACAAAAAGAACAAUUUGAGGAACAAAGUACAACGAUGAGACAAGAAAUUGUAGAAAAUUUAACAACAAAACUUCAAUGUUCAGGAUUACCAAUUGAUGCUAACCUUUUAGCGACAUUGGUUGAAGCUUUCUCAACACGAGCAACAACUAUUCAGCCAAUUCAUCGUCCUUCUAUUGGGGGCAAAGAUCAGGGUGAAAGAAAUGAACAAGGCGGAGAUGAAAGCAGUGAAAGAAAUGAACAAGGCAAACUUAAUUAUAUGUAUGCUAACUCUUGAAUUGUCAACCAACAACUAGUUGUACAUUUUGGAUUAAGAUUUUGUUGAUGAACAACUUUGUUUUGUCAUUUAUAUAAACGAAAGUGUGUUAUAUUUUAUUACUUACAAUUGCACAUAAUAGUCGUUAUAAUAGAUUUUAUUAAUUAUUGUUGCAACAA